UUCAGGUAACGAAGACAUUCCAAAAUACAGAGACAGAAGCACGGACUAGUUACCUGAUGUGCAAAAGAAGCACGGGGGGCCUUCGUCCCUUCAUCGGGAACCUGCUUAUAUAUAUAAAUAGAUAGAUAGAUUUAAAAAUAUUACCAGUGUCCGGUGAGGCUAUUAUUUUAUGCUGGAUUGAUUCUCCAACUGGAAUGGAGCUAUCUGCCUCUCCUUGUCUUUCGAAAUGCCCUUCAUUCCUACUCCCUAAUUCUAGGGUUUCGGUUUUUUCGAGAAGUCUUUAUCCUACUUCCACUUGUUUUCAUCGCUCCGUCUUUUCGUUAAAUCAAUGUAAUCUCGUUCGAAUGGAUCCUCUCAGAACUAUCUCUUCUGCCGGCUGGGUGGAACGCAACGGUUCACCUGUAACGACUUCGUCAGUUGAUUCAGGAGCUAGAAUCGGAGAGGUGAGGAGGAUCACCAAAGAAACUAAUGUAUCGGUCAAGAUAAACCUGGAUGGUUCUGGGGUUGCUGAUAGUGCUACUGGAAUUCCAUUUCUUGAUCAUAUGCUAGAUCAACUUGCUUCGCAUGGGCUGUUCAAUGUGCACGUGAGGGCAACUGGUGACAUCCACAUUGAUGAUCAUCACACGAAUGAAGAUGUUGCUCUUGCCAUUGGAACGGCCAUACUGCAGGCUCUUGGUGAUAGGAAAGGUAUAAAUCGGUUUGGCGACUUUUCUGCUCCACUGGAUGAAGCAUUAAUACAUGUUUCCUUGGAUUUAUCUGGUCGACCACAUCUAAGUUAUAAUUUGGAUAUACCCACUGAGAGAGUUGGAACAUAUGACACUCAGUUGGUGGAACACUUUUUCCAGUCUUUAGUGAAUACUUCUGGCAUGACACUUCACAUUCGGCAGCUUGCUGGGAAAAACUCUCAUCAUAUUAUCGAGGCAACUUUCAAAGCCUUUGCUAGAGCUCUUAAACAAGCAACAGAGUAUGACCCACGUCGUCAUGGGACUGUACCAAGUUCGAAAGGAGUUCUUUCUCGGAGUUGAUUGUUGAUAUUUUUUAUGCGUAUGCGAAAUUGGACCGAGCUUCCGAUAUUAUUGGUUCUCACCGACAAUGCCUAGGUGCAUUGUGAUAAUAGGAUCAUUAUAGUGGAGUGCUAUUUAGUUGCUAUAAUAAUACUUUUCAAUUGGCAGGACCUGUCAUUACAAUAAUCAAAGCAUUUAACUACCGUCACGAGUCAAUAGACAAAAGUUCUUAGAUGAGCUCGGUAGGCCAAGUAUCAAAUAUAUUUUUUCAAUAUGUUUGUUCAUUAUAGGUUAAGUUUAUUCAUACCUAUGUAAGAAACUUCUUGAACAAUAUCCUUCUGCCCUUUCCAAUUGCCUAAAUACUCUGGAACGGAUUCCUUUGCCACAUCAGCAGUCCUUCUGAACUUGGUGAUGUCAUUGAGGCUUUCAUUUAAAGAUUCAUGCAGUGGUCACAACCUCUCUUGCUGAGAAGUAAGCCUUUGGCUAUGCCCCUUGUUAUAUUGCAGAAGGCAUAUGAUGUUACUCUGUACUACCACUGUGCUGGAUUGAUUCCUAGAUUUAGUUUCUCAAAUUAUCGGUCUCGCAUAUGCUCACUGUCAAAUCUUCUGAUCACCAUCUUGUAUAAAUCUCAGCAAUGCUGAGCUACAUUCAACGGGAACACCAUGCAGCAACAAUCUUUCCAGUCUUUGCUAA